AUGAGCAUCAUUUCCUAUGGCAUCUCUGACAGUUCUGUCUCUCAACGCCUCAAUUCCACCAGCAUGAUAUAUGUGUGGCAAAUGGGGGUCGAAGUGGAUGAACACUUAUUUGCUUUGCUCUUUACCAAUGGCAUCAUUUUAACCACAGCAUUUAUGACUGUAAUCUCCUCUGCCCUUCUCCUCCUCUUUUCCCUCUGGAGACACAAUCACAACAUGCAGACAAACGCAGUGAAGGACGUCAGCAUGGAUGCCCAUGUCAAAGCCAUUAAAUCUGUUCUGGCACUCUUCUUCAUUAACAGCAUUAACCUCACAACUUUCAUUUUAAUCUUGAUUUAUACUGUGAAGAACCAGAUUGUUUCAACAUUUCUCGUUUUAAUAUUUCAGUGUGCUCUUCCACUUGUUCAUUCCUUUGUCCUGAUUUUCAGCAAUCCCAAUCUGGAAAAGUCACUGCUAAGGACACUGUUCUGGGUGAAGCGCAAGCUUUGCAUGGGCUAG